UUGUGUCGCGCCAAUCGAGAGACUCGUGUGUAAGUUUUGAGUUUGAGAAGGGCGCCAGUACAAAUCCGGCCUCCGGCAAACACCCGGGAGGAAUAUAAAGCUCUGAUCCUCAGUGAUUUCGGACAGUUCGAGCUCUGACCAAUCCCUCAUUCAAACGAUUAACGCGAAAAUUGUGACAAUGAAGCAUUGAAUGACGAAUUGAAUGAACUUUAACAGAUGAAUCUUCGUUAAUUAACAAAAAAGAAGUGAUAAAUUAAUCAAUAUUCAUUGGACUCAGUUGUGUUUGUGUUUUUUUAAAUUUGUUCGGGUGAAAAAAUGAUGAAAAUGAAGGGAAUUUAUAUUUUUCUCAGUGUAUUUCUACUCAGCACAAUCCCGAGAACAAACUCCCAAUGUUUGACUGGUAACGACAGUCCACAGGCAAUGAAUCCAAGUGCCAAGAGCCUGCUGACAACGUCCAAAUUCAACUUCACACUCGACGCAUUCAGAAAAUCAGCGGCUAUCGAGUCCAAGGAUAAUAUAUUCUUCAGUCCUCACAGUUUACACGAGGCCUUAACCCUAGCGUUCUUCGGCGCACGUGGAACAACAGAGGAGUCCUUGAGAAGAGCACUUCAGAUACCUCAAGAACUCUCGAAGAUUGAUGUUCAGAGGAUGUACUCCCUUGACAGGGCUUUCAAGAAGGUCCAGGAGGAUCUGGGAAACGUCUCAUCGAGUUACGAAUUCAAAACCGCCAAUCGCCUCUAUAUCAGCAGCGCCAAGAAGGUUCGAGAGUGCAUGCUGGCCCUCUUCGGCCAAGAACUCGAAAAAGUGGACUUCAAGGCGGACCCCAACGCAGUGAGAGUGCAAAUCAACGACUGGGUCAGCAACACCACGAAAGGGCACAUCAACGACCUCAUCCCGUCUGACGGAAUCGACGAGACCAGCGACCUCGUCCUCGUGAAUGCCGUGUACUUCAAGGGACUCUGGCAGAGCAAAUUCGAUAGGACUAAUUCGAAGAGGGACAUCUUCUACGGGUCAAAGAAUUCUUUGGUCACUUUCAUGAGACAGAAGAAGACAUUCAACCACAUUGUGUCCGAAGAGCUCGGAGCUCACGUCCUCCAGCUGCCCUACAAGGGCGAGGACAUCUCCAUGUUCAUCCUCCUGCCGCCAUUCGCAAUGGCCCGCACCCUGGACCAGUCGCCGAACGCCACAGGCGAUGGUGACGGGCUCAGACAAGUGAUCGAGAGGAUGACGACCACGGAGAGGGGUAUCCAGGAGCUCAAGGACAUCCUCAACGACGGGAUGCCAUCGAAAGAAGUUGAGGUGUCCCUCCCUCGUUUCACAGUUGAGAAGCAGCUUCCGGUGGGUCGACUCCUGGAGGAGAUGGGAGCCGGCGAGCUCCUGAGGGCUGGCGCCGACCUGAAAGGAUUCGUCGAGGAUGUGGAGGGCCUGCACCUCGGGGAUGCCGUUCACAGGGCGAAAAUCGAGCUGAACGAGGAGGGAACAACAGCCGCUGCUGCCACUGCCCUCUUCAGCUUCAGGUCCAGCAGACCUGCAGAGCCAGCUGUCUUCAAUGCGAAUCAUCCCUUCAUCUAUCUGUUGUACGACAGGCUGAGUCAGUCCAUCAUCUUCACGGGGAUCUACCGUACCCCGACCACCCCCGGCGAGGCAUGAAGGCUUCCGCGCCUGAGGGAGUCUCUCAUCAAGUGGAGGAAACGGUUUUUUGGAGCGGUCAGGGGGAGGGGGAGGCGAGAUUCGUCGAGUUGAGGUCGAGUUUUUGGUGGGGAUGCGGGGAUCUAGAGGGGAGAGAGGAGCUUUGAGGGAGAGGUCUGAUAUAAGUGACGCUAGAGCUUGGCUAGGCGGCGCCUAGUCAGUGCCUAGUCGCAGCCUAGUCACGCGAAAUUUCGUUAUCGGGGCCUAACAUGUUUCCUCUGAUGAAUGUGACAUGAAGUUUAUUGGUUCUGUUGGUCUAGUGGCAUGAUGUACUGUUUACAGUGCACGAUAAUGAAAAUUGUGGGCGGACCUUUCUGUGGAGCUCAGUGAGAGUUGCAAAAAGGUCCUGGAACCAAUUUCGCUUUUUUCGGAAUUUUAAGAUGUUCAUUAAAAAAAAUGAAAACAAUAAGGGAAAUAAUGAAAAAUAAUUGUCUAAUGUUCAUAAAGUUUAUUUUUUAGUUCAAUUUAAACAGUUUUGUAAAAAUAUUUUUUAUAGAGUGAGAAGUGCGUUAUCUUCAUUGGAUUUCCGAAUUUUUGAAAAAAAAAACUCGUCUCAACUCGAAACUUCCGGGGCUUCCCAAUCUCCGGCUUUAUCUCCCGAUUAACGAAAACCGAUAAGAACUCUCGAAUUUUUAGAUUCAUUUCGUAGCCCAGUUGAUCAUCAAAUUGCCAAUGUAUCAAAGUAGAGUGGAAAUCAUAAAUUCCUGCGAUUAACUCCCCCAGAUGAGUCAUCAUCAUAUUUAGUUUUAGAAUCUGUAAACAUAGUGUGUAAAUUUUUAAGAUGGAGGAGUUUCAUGGAGUUGAGGAGAUGAGUGUAACAACUCAAAUACAUCGAAUAUUUAUUUUUAGAAA